AUAAACGCUUUGGGUGAGGUGGGGUUAUGGGAUUUGAAACCGAGAUAUAAUUUGCGAUGUCAGUUACACUGUUAAGUCUAACGCUUCAAAACCGCUUAGAAGUAAAUAGAGGCCAACGCAGGGAUUCCAUAAUUACUACGAUAUAUAAACUACUUAUAACUUGAGUAAGAAAUACUGAAACGAAACCGUUAUGUCUGUGGACACUUCCCCCGCGGGGAGUUUAUCCCAGAAAAAACUGAACGGAAUAUACUGGAAAACGUUUGUUGGAUUUGUAAAUAAAAAUUCGGGAAAUGGGAACACUGAAAACGAGCCGGAUAGGAGGGAAAAGAACAGACAGAUUUAUCGCAGAGAAGGAAGCUUUGAGUAUAUGGAACUUACAGCUAAAGAUAAUGUUUCGAUGCUGUCAGAAACUGAAACCAAUUCCUCGUCGACAGAUGAUUCCUCUAUUUAUGCCACAAAGGAUGACAGGUCAACAUCAAUGUAUGCUGUGUUGAAUAUGAGUAAAAAGAAAGAAAUACAGAUCAGUGAUGAGAUUGCAAUAUUCGAGGGAUCGCCGAUCAGAAGCCACCAACUCUCAUUACCGCAAUCAUCAUUUCCUGCUUCUCCAAAAUGUUCUCCAGUUUUACAUUUCGAUUUGCUACCUGACAAUGUCCUUGCACCAAGUCCCAUAUCUGGCAAUUGCCAAAGAGCUGUUACCCUGAGUAACAUAGACAAAGACGAAGUAUUGUUCAACGACAAGGAUGACUUUCACUGUGAGGAAGACACCUUUGAUAGCUCAGAUCCAACUUCACCGUCCAUGGAACCAGCUCCGUGGAAAGAACAAUGUCUCUCCAUUCAGAGAUGGAUGGUUCCCCAUGUACUUCCCGAUAAUGAAGACGAAUUCAUGGCAUUGCCAGAUUCCAUACCAGCACAAGACUACGAGUACUGUCACUACGUCCCUACUCUUGAAGCAAUACUCGAAGAAAACGAGGAAUCAUGGGACAGUCCAGUCGACGUCAAAACUACAAGAUCUCAAUCCUGUUCUGAUAAUACGGGCUUUGAGAAAAUUGAGUUUUCGAAAAAAAGUUCCGCUUGGAGUUCUGCCAAUGACCUUCUGACCUUCCAACCGCAAAACCAAGAAGAUACAUUUUCCACAGCUUCAACAUGCGGAUCUUUGAGACGAGUAAGCACAUUUGAAAACCUAAGUGUAGACGAAGAUGAAGGACAAGAAAGUGACGGGAGCAGCGACGAACUAGAUCGUCCUUGCGAUCACGUCACCGCUUACGUCAUAAAAAUGAAAGAUGACGUUAGUGAUCUCAAAAAGGAACAAAACACUGAUAACGUCACAGACAAUGGUGACGUCAUAAGUAAUUUUGAGCCCUUGAAUGACAAUACACACGUAUCGGAACUGUCAAAUAAAUUCUUUCCUGGGGAUUCACUCAGUGGAGUUACUCAGCAGGAAGAGGAAAACGGUGUAAUGCCUACUAUUCAACAGAACAAGAUUUUCCCGAAACCAGCCACAGAAACACUGAGCGAAGUUUCAUCGUCAUCACUCAGCGCUUUAGAAAGUUCACGAGAAGUCAUCCCAUCAACAUCAGUACAAUCGUUACUGGAUUCAGAAAUAAGUUCAUCAGGCCGUGGUUCACCGCCGAUUCAUCCAAUGUCAGAGCAAAUGGUUCAAGAAAACACAACACGGUCACGAUCUUCAAGUAGCAACGUACCUCGUGAUUCUGGAGUCGAUGACGUCAUCAGUGAAACAGCCAAUGAAAUUGCUUCAGCGAGUUCAAGGACUGAGAUAGACGUUGUGUCUCAAAUAAGUAGCGAAUUGAGCAUUCCUGGAUUACCGGAAGAACUGUACUUUGACAGACGGGAUAUUCCAAAAAUUGUUGUCAUGUUCGCUCGAGAAGAACUUGAAAAGGAACGAAUAAAGCAACUUAGUGACGACGAGCGUUCGAAUGGAGAAAUAACGCCAAUACAAUAUAGGAAAAGAUCCUCAACAUAUGACCAGUUUGGUUAUAACAACACUGACUCGGCUUAUUCUUCACAUGAAGGAGUUCAUCGUAGAAUAAGUCAAAUGAAAUCUAACGAGGCUUCAAGACUGAGUACUCUUUCUUCCAGCACACCGGAGUUAUCUGUAAUGACUGAAGACGCUCUUCCAUAUAUCCCCGUAAGUUACGCAAGUGAAGCAGCGGCAGCGCGACGAAAAAAGAAACGAAGAGCAACCAUACAUUCAUCAGAGUAUGCAAACAGAAAGAGAGGCGCUCCUCGAAACAAUCAAGCAAAAACUAUAAUUAGCGGAGGAGGUUUCGGAAAUGGUUUCAGUUCUUUGAGAAAGAAAUUCAGAAAUCGAAAUCGCAUCGGUACAAGUUUAAGAAGAUCACAAAGUGAAAAACCUCAAGUUUCAAGAUCGAGUCCUGAUAUGUCUGGACCUAUGGCCAGAUUCCUUAAUUCACCACGUCGACGCCUAAAUAAGGACGACCUGGAAGCAUCACCAAAGGCCGUAGGUCGUCGACGUAGUUUCCGGUCUGCAGUCUCUAAAUUAUUCCGUAGGAUUGGAUCAAGGUUUAGUUCACAACAACAACAAGAACAACUACAUGAAAACGAUUAUCCAGUCGGUAACGAUGGCAACGGGAAUGGCGUCAUCAAUACGAAAUCACCACCCCAUAAAAGUACUUUAGAUCUCAUAGAGGAGGGCAAAGAGGAUCAUAUUGUUACAGAAUCGGUAUCAACUUAUGUGACUGCUCGAGAUCACGCUUCCAUUUCAGACGACAAACAAAAUUACUCUCCCACAAAAUCAAGAUUCAGCGGUGCUCUAGCCCCAUCUAACGAUCUUGAUGAAGAAUUUCGACAAAGGUCACAUUCAGUACCUUCGAGACCAAAAUCGAAAAUCUCGCCUAGGCAUACCCCGAGCGAAUAUUCCGAUGUAUUUGAAUCUACUAAUAGUGUAGACGAGAACUCUUUAGAUAAGACAAUAUAUGUAUGAUAUCUUUGUUUCUUAGUUUUUCCUGUACUUUAUGAGUCAAUAUGAGCGAAACCAAGUUACCCAGGCGACACCUAAUUGUUGCGUUAUAUCAUUUUUAGUAGGCAUCGCUGGAUAUCAGGGAUCGCUUGUACAUGAUCUUGUUCGGGGCGAAAAAAGUGAACAAGCGUCGUGAAAAAUGACUUGUUAUCGCAAGUCGAAACGGCGGAAAAAAUUUUUUGCCCAAAAAAAUUUGCUUCUACCGAAAUUUUACUGUGAAACUCAUCCAGGAUAAGAUAUCGUAUAAACUGUAUUGAAAAUUACGGAAAGCUGCUUUUUGUGGGAAAGUUAUUUAUUUAUAUUUAUUUUCAUAUUCGUUUCGACCAUGUGGCCUUAGAUCCAGACCGAAUACAAUUUAUUUCAAUUCAUUUCAUCUCGUUGACGAGGUUUUGUGAAUGACUAAUGCCUGUGUGUGUUCGGAGAAUAGUUCUGCUCUGGUUCGUCUUGAAAUUACUCCCUUGAUUAUCCUCCAUAUUUUCGGUUAGCAAAUUAAUUUAUGAAAUGAUCGACUUUUACUUUAUUCUUUUCGUUAUUAACAAGACAUGACCUUCUUUACCAGACCUGAUGCUUCAUAUCUAAAUGCUGUACUAUUCUAAUAUUCUGCCACUAUAGAUAUAUUGGCUACUAAGUUAGCAUAUCUCAAAUGGAUUUAUUUCUCAACAAAAUCACUGACUAGAAUUUUAUUCCCACAUGGCAAAGUUUAACAGGAGUAGGAAUAAUUUACAGAAAAAGCUCCCAUCUGAAAUUUCUAAAUUUUCAAAAAACUACUUUUUCUUAUAUAACUGUUAAUCAUUCAACAAGUUCGACCUGAAUCCGUGUUUCGAUGAAAAAAUUAAUGGCUUAAAGAGGAGCAAAUCUUCAAAAUCCUGAGAAUGAUUUUUUUAGUAGAACAAAUAUCUAAUUUCUUCCGAACUGCACGUUCCUUUAUGUGCAUCAUGUUAUUUUCUUUCCGUCAACUUUACUUGCGUAUUUAUUGAGCUGUCUGUCAGGUGCGACUAUUACUUUAUUUCAUUAUUAGCAAAACUUGCUUUCUUUUUGUUACUUUUUGAAUUAGAUUGUGUGAAACCUGGUUUGAGCAUUUCGAAGAUCAAAUUUGAUAUAUUUGAUGGCUUUUCUGUGCAACUUAAAUAGGGCUUGGUUGCCUCUUGUUAAAUACAGCGAUUUUGUAGAAGUCUGUUUGCUCCAAAAUUGUUUAUACCAAUCGGGGGUACGCCCGCAGUAUGUAAACCAAGAUGGCGGACGCCGGAACGUGUUAUGUGUACCAGGUUAGAGUUAGGCCAUAAUUUCAGGUACAAAUAGUACGGGCUAGGAUCCGAACUCGUAAUAUAUAUGACUAAUAUAAGGAAAAUUGGAGUAGAAUUAUGGCCUAAUUCUAACCUGGUAUACAUACUACGUUCCAGUGUCCGCCAUCUUGGUUCACAUAUCACGGAAGCGCCCAAUCGUGGGACUGCAUUUAGCGGACCUUUUUCAAUGCGGCUAAAAAAGCUGACAAUUUAUUGUUUGACGUCUGUAGCGAAGAACGAUGAAGCUAUCGCCGGAAGGUGGCGCCAAGUAAUCGUGUUUGAGACUUAUUUCAAGUUUCAAAUCUGUCAAUACAUUUUGGCGCCAUUUCUGUUUAAUGUGAUGAUGACCAGAAACUUCUAGCAGUUAUUAUUUAUUGCAUGCAUAUUUUCUACUGCAAUUGCCAAUUACUAUUUAGAUAAAAAAAAACACUUUAUA